AUGGAUCUGAAUGAGUCGCACACGAUGAACUUGGGAUCUAAAAGUGUUGCGGAUGCUACUCUGAAUCUGGAACUCCCCAAGUCUGUUGUGUACAAAAGCCCCAGCACUACGAUUUAUAACAUUAGCAUAGCCCCAAAUAAGUUCUCAGAUACUUCUGCGUUUAAGCUUCCCACUGCAAAAGCAAGUGCUGCUUCCAUUGAUGUGUCAAAUGGAACCCCUUUCAGAUUGUCAUCUGAAGCACACAAAGGAAGCCUUCCAGUCCAAAAUCAGUUCCUCCAGCAAAGAAACCACCCUUUAUAG